ACAAUCUUCUAUUAUUAAUCCCUUCUAUCGGUUAUUUUAAAUUAAUACCAAUUAAGGGGUAAACCUACUCCAAACGGUCUGUUAACCUGCAGUCCAUUUAUCAGCCGGUAAUUAAAAAUCACGUGAUUGCACGUGAUGAAUCUUUUAUGUUAGCAAAGGCCACAGACGAUGGAGAAAGCUUAAGGAGAAUAAGGACGAAGGAGAACAACCAAAGCAGCAACCCUCGCGACCUUGCGUGGAAGAAUCUGAGUAAGGAGCGAAGUACACAAACGAAAACAAUCCUCAUGAGGUCCGUCAGUGGGUCAUCUUCUUGGACAUGUAACUCGAUUACGCGUAAUUGCAAUCACAACAUACAAGCGAACUUAAGAACGGUGAAGAAAGGGCGAAAUCUGGGGAGAAAAUUCUUUGGAUGCUCACUUUGUCCUAAUGCAGAUUGUAGGUACUUUGAAUGGUACAAUGACAAUGAGGUGGAGUGUCAUGAUGAAUACAAACUGAUGGACAAAGACAUAGUCAUUGAAAGGUUGUUGGCAGAGAACAAGUUCUUGGAAGAAAAACUGCAAAAGAUAAAGAACAAGAAAAAGAAGAUGUGUGUUCUGAUAACUGAAAUGCAGAUGAAGGCUUCCAAAAGUGCUAAAGGAGAAAGAGCUGCUAUUAUGGUUGUACUUGUAUCUUGGAUAGUGUUUGCUAUUCUAAGUUAUUUGAUGUGAAAUGUAUUUGAGUAAACUUUGUAGUCAUGUACUUUUUGAGGUUGUAUCUUAGGUCUUGUAAGUUAUCUUAUAUGUUUGGAAGUUGGAAUGUAACAGUCAAGAAGUUUACAAGUUGAAAUGUAACAGUCAUUCUAUCUUUGCACUACUUUUGAAGAAGUGUAAAUUGUAUGCUACUAUUCUGCC